AUGACGGAGGAUGGAAAGAGGCACCUAAGCAGUGAAUCCCUUGUUCCUAUUGGGUUUGAUACGGCGGUUGAUUUUGAAAAUCCCUGUAGUGUUGAGCUUGUCGAAGCGAUGGAGGACAAAUGGAUUCGCUUCACGGCCGUCGAUGAUGUAGGGAAGUUUGUUGCGGGAGCUUUGGACCUUAAGGACUGGCCGGAUCAGUUUUUGGUGUCUGGAGAAAACAUAUUCCGCAUGGAGCCCAUUGAGUUGUGUGAGAAGGUUAGAGGAAACCCUUGUAAAAGUGAACGCAUAUUCCUUGAAGAUUUGGAGAACAAAUUAGGUGAGGUGAAGAAAGCGAAUAACGAAAUAGACGUUUUCAAAUGGAGUAACUUACGCCUCCAUGUGUGUUGGGACGGCGACUUUGGAUGGGGUUAG